AUGCCGAAAAUACCAUAUAAAACGGAAAAAGAGGACGAGGAAGACUACGAGAUCGUGUCUUUCGAAGACUUCUGUGACAAGUCACCCACGGCGAAGGCGGACUUAUUGACUUUAAACGAUAAUAUUAACUAUCGCUUAUUCUUUGAGAGUGGAAAAGAGAACAAAUGUAAUGAGAGCGGGGCGGCAUCUGCCUCCGGUGCCUCCGAAAUUCAGACAGAGACUUCUUUAAAUGGGUCUAAAGCGUCGCAUAAGAGAAAGAUUCCCUUUGCGCCGUUCGGUAAGAGCGAUAAGGCGAGACGCGGUUCCUUGUUCAGCGGUGUCAUCCCCAAAGCGAGGAUAGAUGGAGAUGUACGGGAACAUAGAUAUGAAAGGUUUUCUUCAAACCAAGGGUGCCUCAAUCGUUGGUUGGAACAAGCUGGUACACUCUUACCCGGAAUGCUUGUUGCUGGCCUGUUAUGUGCCCUGGGUGUGGCAACCUGGUGGGCUGUGGCUGGAGCGUUGGGAGGCGGUUGGGGGGAUGAUCAUUACAGAAGGUUAUGGGAAAGAGUUCAUCCCGAAGAGGUAAAGAAACCACUUACACCACUUACUUUAGAGAAGCCUGUUAUCACGGAAUAUCGUUAUCAUGAUCACAACAACCUAAGCACCAAGAACCGAAGUAAUGCCACUGACAACAAGAAGAAAGAAGUGAAAAAGGGCUUCCUAGAACAUUCUCCGGAGGUGAUGAAGGAACUGUGUGCUCGGAUAGUAGAUGAUGAUUUGCGGUUCGACUGCUAUCCACAAUUUGGUGCAAAUGAGGAAGGGUGUGUAAAAAGAGGUUGCUGCUGGAAAGUCACAGAUACACAAAACGCGCCAUAUUGUUUUUACCCACCGCAAUACGAAACAUACCAAUUCGUUAAUAGCACAGAGAAUAAACAUGGCAUGACAGUAUACUAUUCGCGGUCUUAUGACACUGGCUACCCUGGACAGUUCAGUGUUGCCAGGAUAGAUUUUAACUAUCUCUCUAAUGAAAUACUACAAAUUAAGAUAUCCGAUGCAGAACACAAAAGAUUCGAACCCGCUUACCCUGAAGUGCCAAUGGUGUUCAAUUCUGUGUCUGAAAUGAAGUACCGGGUGCAAGUUGAUAGUUCGGCUGUUGGUUUUAAAGUUGUACGAAAUUCUGAUAAUGUCACGAUAUGGGACGCUCAGAAUACAGGAGGGAUGAUACUAUCAGAUAAAUUUCUGCAAUUCUCAGCAAUUCUACCGACCAACUAUACAUAUGGCCUUGGAGAAAAGCAGGACAGAUUUCUGAACGACUUAAAUUGGAAAACGCAUACGAUUUUCAAUAACGAUCAACCGCCGACGGAAAAUGUACAUUUGUAUGGGUCUCAUCCGUUCUACUUGGCGCUAGAAACAAAUGGAAAUAGUCAUGGUGUUAUAUUACUCAAUUCUAAUGCUAUGGACAUUGUUCUGCAACCGACGCCGGCCAUAACCUACAGAACGAUAGGGGGCGUUCUCAACUUCUACAUGUUCCUUGGCCCCUCCCCCUCUGACGUCGUAGCGCAGUACACCGAGAUCAUUGGGAAACCCUUUAUGCCGCCGUAUUGGGCGCUCGGCUUUCAUUUGUGCAAAUACAAUUACGGCUCUCUGAAUGUAACGCGUGACGUUUGGCAGAAGAACAGGGACGCCGGAAUACCAUUUGAUGUUCAAUGGAACGACCUCGAUUACAUGAGCAAGGGCAACGAUUUCACCUACGACACGGACAAGUUUUCCGGUUUCCCAGAUUUUGUGAAAACCGUACACGAAGCUGGCAUGCACUACGUUCUGUUAUUCGAUCCGGGCGUGAGCGCGUCCGAGAAACCGGGUGAGUAUCCACCAUUCGACCGGGGACUGGAGAUGGACAUUUUCGUCAAGAACUCCACGGAUCAACCCUUUGUCGGAAAAGUAUGGAAUAGAAUAUCCACGGUGUGGCCAGACUUCACCCACCCCAACACAACGGCGUAUUGGAAGGAAAUGAUGGCCGAUUUCCAUCGGAAGGUCAACUUUGAUGGAGCGUGGAUUGAUAUGAACGAACCCUCCAACUUCCUAUCCGGGUCUAUGUACGGGGAGUGCACCCCGGAAGAACUGCCCUACAAGCCGAUAUCAAUAGCAGCGGAGGGGUUGAAACACAAGACGCUCUGUAUGGACGCGAAACACCAUGCCGGCGCACAUUACGAUAUCCACAACUUAUACGCCAUCACUGAAGCCGUCGCUACUAAUUCUGCCCUAGCAGAAAUACGAGGGAAGAGGCCGCUUAUAAUAUCCCGGGCAUCUUCCCCUGGCUUAGGACACUUCGCGGGGCAUUGGAGCGGGGACGUUUUCAGCAAAUGGCACGACCUGAAGGCGUCAAUACCACAGUUACUUAGCUUCAGUCUUUUCGGUGUCCCACUUAUGGGGGCAGACAUAUGUGGGUUUAUCGGCGACACGACCCCGGAAUUGUGCAAGAGGUGGAUGCAAUUGGGGGCAUUCUAUCCGUUCUCGAGGAACCAUAAUAGUGAUACUGCUAAGCCCCAAGACCCAGUGAGCAUGGGUGAAAGCGUGGUGGAUGCUUCGCGAACCGCUCUGCGCAUGCGCUACCGUCUUUUGCCAUAUUACUACACACUCUUCUGGCGAGCACACAUCGACUCCGCUACUGUCGCUAGGCCUUUAUUCUUUGAAUUCCCACAAGAUCCCCGUGUAUACUCCAUAGACACUCAAUUCCUGAUUGGAGACCACAUAAUGAUAACGGGAAUACUGGAAGAGGGGGCGAAUUCGACUAAUGUCUUCUACCCGGGACCGAAUCCUUGGUAUUCCUUCAAUACGGGAAAACAACUAGCUGUUGACUCUUGGAGAAGUAUCGGAGACGACGAAAUGGUCGCUGUUAGAGGUGGCUCUAUUCUAGUCCUACAAGAACCGCCAGUCAAAGGUCCAGUGAAUACUGGCAACACCCGCAGUCUACCACUACAGAUACUUAUAGCACCCGAUACCGUCGGGGUCGCUAGCGGCGAACUUUAUUGGGACGAUGGCGAUAGUCUGAACAGCUACGAAGAGAAGAAAUACACUCACAUAGUCUUCAAAGUAAAAGAAAAUGAAUUAACCAGUUCCAUACAAUGGUGGGGUUACGGAGUUCCAUCGAUUAACAAAAUCAAAGUCUUCGCGCAAAAUCCCAUCAAAACGGUUACAGUCAACAACGCGGCAGCAACGUUCAGCUACGACCAAAAGACGAGAGUGCUCACGAUUUUGAACAUUAACGUCAAUUUGGAUAGAUCGCUAAGUGUUAAAUGGACUAUUCAAAAAAUGACGCAGAAAACAUAG